UAUUUUUGACGUUUGACAGUUUUGUGACGUUUAGUGUCGUGUCAAUAUUUAUAAAUAUGUUGAUAAUAUAAAUGAUAACCAUACGAAUUCUUGCCAUAAUGCGGUUAAAUUCAAUGAAUUAUGCAUUUUAAUAACUUCCACAUAUUUAAACAAUAAUGCGCUUAAAACGCACAAGUUUUAUAUUAGGAUUAAUAAUAAUUAUAUGGUCCUCUAUUUUGUACCUAACUUUAACAUACCAACCAAAUAAAUUAGGAGACUCUAAUGAUAAUGUGAACAAUCAGAUCAACAAACUGGAACGAGGUAUUUCUGAACAAUUUAAACUUAACAGUGAUAUUAUAAAUGAAGCUCAGCAAUUUUUGGAGAUUAAAAAGAAAGGUGAAUUAAGACAGACAGAAUUACAAGAUAUUAAGAUACCUGUUCUGAUAUUUGCUUGUAACAGAGUUACUAUAUCCAAAUGUUUGGAUGGACUUAUUAAGCACAGACCUGACCCUGACAAGUUUCCUAUUAUUGUCAGCCAGGAUUGUGCACAUGAAGAGACUACAGAAGUUAUUAGAAAAUAUGGAUCCCAAGUAUCUCUUAUCCAACAGCCGGAUCAGAAUGACAUCCAAGUGCCACCGAAAGAGAAGAAGUUUAAGGGAUACUUUAAAAUAGCCCGGCAUUAUGGAUGGGCUUUAAAUCAAAUGUUUUUUAAUUUUAAUUUUAGCACUGUUAUUAUAGUAGAAGAUGAUUUAGAAAUAGCCCCGGACUUUUUUGAGUAUUUUAUGGGCACUUAUCAUUUGUUACACAAAGAUCCGUCUUUGUGGUGCAUCUCGGCAUGGAAUGACAAUGGAAAAGAGGGUUUGGUUGAUUUAUCAAGACCAGAAUUACUUUACCGUACUGAUUUCUUCCCUGGUCUUGGUUGGAUGUUAACCAAAAACAUAUGGAAUGAGUUGUACAAAAAAUGGCCAAGAGCGUAUUGGGAUGAUUGGAUAAGGGAACCACUUCAAAGAAAAGGUAGAUCCUGCAUUAGGCCUGAAAUAUCGAGAACCAGGACAUUUGGAAAAGCAGGGGUUUCAAAUGGAAUGUUUUUUGAAAAACACUUAAAAUUUAUCAAACUAAAUGAGGAAUUUGUACCUUUUUCAAAGAUGAAUCUUACUUAUUUAAGAAAGGAUAUUUAUGAUAUUGAUUUUGUAAAAACCGUUUACCAAGCCCCUGUUAUUAGUUACCAAGAUCUUAGAGAAGGUAAAGUUACUAAGGAUGGUCCUUUAAGGAUAGUAUACAGAACACGUGAGGAGUACAAAUUAAUCACUAAGAAGUUGGGACUUAUGGACGAUUUCAAAAGUGGAGUUCCAAGAACAGCCUACAAAGGAAUCGUUACAUUCUAUUACAAAGGUCAUAGAGUUCACCUAGCACCAAAUCUGAAUUGGAAGGGUUACGACCCCAGUUGGAGUUAACCUCACACAAAAUUUCCAUGACAUUCCAAAUCCAAAUGUGUGAUUGUUUCAACACGAUUUAAACAAAUACUGACUGUUUUUAAUUUAUUUAAACCUAAUUGUGAUAUAUCAUAAAUAGCAUGUUUUUAAUUGUUAUUUAGUUGAUAUUUAAAAGUGCAAUGUUUUAACUGUUUUGUACAUACUAUUUAAAUUAAUGCUUUCCCUGUACAUAUUAUGUAAUAAAGUGAUGAUGUGUGAUA